UCAUUUAACAUGCUUGGAAACCUCAUGGUCUCGCGGGACUUGGUGGAUCCAGAAUCAAAAAAGGGGUCGGAGUUCUUCAAUGCUAUGAUCGGACUAAUGGAGUGGACGGGCCAUCCAAAUGUCGUGGACGUUUUUCCAUGGCUAAGAUGGCUCGAUCCACAGGGUUUGAGGAGGAGGAUGGACCGCGACCUUGGAAAUGCUCUGAGAAUCGCUUCAGGGAUAGCGAAGGAGCGGAUGGAAGAGCUGAGAGGUGGUAGAGAAAGGAAGGACUUCUUGGAUGUGUUGCUAGAAUACGAGGGGUAA